ACUGUAUUCCCAUUAUCAGCUUUCUAAACUGCGGUGGAAAUUGUCAUCUAUUGCGCAUCAGUUAAAGCACCAAGAAUGGCUCUAAAUGUCUUUGACCAUGAUGAAUACAGACCACCAGUGUGGAAAUCUUACCUGUAUCAGCUCCAGCAGGAGGCACCACAUCCACGGCGAUUGACCUGCACCUGUGAGGUGGAUAACCGGCCCAAAUACUAUGGGAGAGAGUACCAUGGGAUGGUCUCCAGAGAGGAGGCUGACCAGCUGCUGAGUGUGGCAGAGGGCAGUUACCUCAUCAGGGAGAGCCAGAGGCAGCCUGGGACCUACACACUGGCCCUACGCUUUGGAAAUCAAACCAAGAACUUCCGCCUCUACCAUGAUGGGAAACACUUUGUCGGGGAGAAGCGCUUUGAGUCCAUCCACGACCUUGUGACAGAUGGGCUGAUCACACUCUACAUCGAGACCAAGGCAGCAGAGUACAUCGCUAAGAUGACCAUUAACCCAAUCUAUGAGCACAUUGGCUACACAACACUCAACAAGGAGCCCACGCUGAAGAAACACUUGCCCGUGUGCAAGGAGGUUCCCGAUGGGCCUGCUCCACAGGGAGAGCGGGUUGACGAGGAGAAAGGGCUCACCUCGCUGGUACGUCGAGCCACCCUGAAGGACAAUGUCCACACGACCAAGUAUGAGAAAGUCCACAAUUUCAAGGUGCACACCUUCCGGGGACCCCACUGGUGUGAAUAUUGUGCCAACUUCAUGUGGGGCCUCAUCGCUCAGGGAGUGAAAUGUGCAGAUUGCGGUUUGAAUGUCCACAAGCAGUGUUCCAAAAUGGUGCCAAAUGACUGCAAGCCUGACCUCAAGCAUGUCAAAAAAGUAUACAGUUGUGACCUUACGACACUGGUAAAAGCCCACAAUUCCAAGCGACCCAUGGUGGUGGACAUGUGCAUACAAGAGAUUGAGUCUCGAGGUGUUCAGUCUGAGGGCCUGUACAGAAUCUCAGGCUUCAGUGAUCUGAUUGAAGAUGUGAAGCUGGCUUUCGACAGAGAUGGUGAAAAGGCGGACAUUUCUGUGAAUGUGUAUGAAGACAUCAACAUAAUCACUGGCGCACUGAAACUGUAUUUCAGGGAUUUACCCAUUCCUCUUAUCACGUACGACGCCUACCCAAGGUUUAUGGAGGCAGCAAAGAUAACGGAUCCAGACAAGCGGUUGGAGGCCCAUCAUGAAGGUCUGAAGCUGCUGCCACCUGCACACUGUGAAACACUGUGUUAUCUCAUGGCCCACUUAAAGAGGGUAACCCAAAAUGAUAAAGACAACCUGAUGAAUGCAGAAAACCUUGGCAUUGUUUUUGGGCCCACCCUCAUGCGUGCCCCAGACUUGGAUGCGAUGACGGCACUCAAUGACAUCCGCUACCAGAGACAGGUGGUGGAGACGCUCAUAAAGAACGAAGACAUUCUGUUCUGAAAGGGGAUGACAAACAAUGAAGGAAACUUAAAUCAUGAAUAAGUGAUUUACUCAUCAUUUAGAAUGGAGGAAGUGACAAUUGUGUUUUUGAAAAUGUUCCCUUUGUUAAACCAAGACUUUAAUAAUAAUGGAGUAUUUGAGCCAUUGUACAUUCUCUCCCACUCCCAGUGAACCCUGUCUGAAGAGAUGUCUGUUGGGUUUGGAUCACGUACCUUAGACUUGUCUUUUGCAUGUUCACCCCCCCCACCCCCAUUUCUGUCGGGGGUAACUGAUGGAACACACAUUCCUUCUGGAUAGCUAGUAUGUGUUUUGUUUUCAGAUAUUGGGUCACACCAAAGAGAUGGACUCAUCUUUAUCUCUGACAUUAUAGUGUCUGUGACAGCAUGGGCAGUGCCAUUGAAGCUACAAGCCAUAGGAAUCCCCACCCUGUUGGCUACUUUUACUACUUUAAAAUGGUGUAAGCCCUCAAUGUCCAUGCCAAAACGGGUUAUGUCCAUGAUGAGUCCUAUCUAUUUUCACAGGUCACACUCACUCAUUAACUGCUCUCUCUGAUCUUGUAGUGUAGAUGUGGCUCAUUGUUUCAUGAUGGGUUUAUUCUUCUUGUGAAUCACUAAUGUACCUGGGUAUAACAUCAGUUAAAAACCUUUUUAAUUUUGUUUAAUGUUGUUUGUAUGUUCUUUUACAUUCAAACACCUUUUUGAGGUGACUUAUUUUUUAAGAGAUGCAGUGGGAUAUUUAUAUAAUUUCAGCCAGUAGUCCUAGCACUCAAGCCAAAAUGGGCGCCUUAAAUGUACUAUGUCAUAUUAGCGGUGUGUCCCGUGUACAUCUCCACUGCAUUUACAUUAUAAUGACAUGCCACACAAUUGGCACUCACUGCCCCUACUGUCAAAGAGCAGCCAAUGUGCUCAAGCCUCCCACUUCUACCUUGCAGCAUCAUUGUAUGUGAUGGUGCCUUUCAACCUUCCUAUCAACAUUGUCUAUCUGUUUUGGUUGUUUGAAGUUUAUUUAACUAGGCAAGACAGUUAAGAACAAACUCUUAUUUUCAAUAAAGGCCUAGGAACAGUGGGUUAACUGCCUUGUUCAGGGGCAGGAUGACAGAUUUUUACCUUGUCAGACUUGAAACCUUUUGGUUACUAGUCCAACGCUCUAACCACUAGGCUACCUGCCGCCCCAGUGUCUGUGUCCCUUUUUUCCCCGGGUCAGACUAUGGCAAAAUAACUUAAACUGUAUAUUUCCUGAAGAAAAUGUGUGCUUGCUUUAGCUGUCUAAAAGUAGUAGUAGAGACCGUAGUAGUGGUAGUUUUGAUUGAUUGUAUUAAUAUCAAUAGCAUUAGUGACUGGUAAAAGUAGUGUUUUCAUUUUAACAUUCUGAAAGUUUCAACAGUGGGAAGUUUAUGUUGAGUUAAAUCUGCCUAUCAAAGUUUGGUCAUAUGCGCAUCCUUAAAAACAUAGGCGUUGGGCUAAUAAAGAAUACUAGUAUAGAACAAGAAGGCCUGCACACUGUUAAAGCUCCCAAUUCACCGCUUUAUUGACAACGUUUCGAUCUGAAACGGAUCUUCGUCAGGUCAAACAAACUGAGUGUUCACAUCCCAAAAUCUACAGGCGUGGCCAAAAGUUUUGAGAAUGAGACACAUUCAUUUCCACAAAGUUUGCUGCUUCAGUGUCUUUAGAUAUUUUUGUCAGAUGUUACUAUGGAAUACUGAAGUAUAAUUACAAGCAUUUCAUAAGUGUGUCAAAGGUUUUUAUUGACAAUUACAUGAAGUUGAUGCAAAGAGUAAAUAUUUGCAGUGUUGACCCUUCUUUUUCAAGACCUCUGCAAUCCACCCUGGCAUGCUGUCAAUUCACUUCUGGGCCACAUCCUGACUGAUGGCAGACCAUUCUUGCAUAAUCAAUUCUUGGAGUUUGUCAGAAUUUGUGGGGUUUUGUUUGUCCACCUGCCUCUUGAGGAUUGACCACAAGUUCUCAAUGGGAUUAAGGUCUGAGGAGUUUCCUGGCCAUGGACCCAAAAUAUUGGUGUUUUGUUCCCCGAGCCACUUAGUUAUCACUUUUGCCUUAUGGCAAGGUGUUCCAUCAUGCUGGAAAAGGAAUUGUUUGUCACCAAACUGUUCCUGGAUGGUUGGGAGAAGUUGCUCUCUGAGGAUGUGUUGGUACCAUUCUUUAUUCAUGGCUGUGUUCUUAGGCAUAAUUGUGAGUGAGCCCACUCCCUUGGCUGAGAAGCAACCCCACACAUGAAUGGUCUCAGGAUGCUUUACUGUUGGCAUGACACUGGACUGAUGGUAGCGCGUGCUCACCUUGUCUUCUCCGGGACAAGCUUUUUUCCGGAUGCCCCAAACAAUCAGAAAAGGGGAUUCAUCGAAGAAAAUUACUUUACCCCAGUCUUCAGAAGUCCAAUCCCUGUACCUUUUGCAGAAUAUCAGUCUGUCCCUGAUGUUUUUCCUGGAGAGAAGUGGCUUCUUUGCUGUCCUUCUUGACACCCGGCCAUCCUCCAAAAGUCUUCGCCUCAUUGUGCGUGCAGAUGCACUCACACCUGCCUGCUGCCAUUCCUGAGCUCUGUACUGGUGGUGCCCUGAUCCCGCAGCUGAAUCAACUUUAGGAGACGGUCCUGGCGCUUGCUGGACUUUCUUUGGCGCCCUGAAGCCUUCACCACAAUUAAACCGCUCUUCUUGAAGUUCUUGAUGAUCCGAUAAAUAGUUGAUUUAGGUGCAAUCUUACUGGCAGCAAUAUCCUUGUCUGUGAAGCCCUUUUUGUGCAAAGCAAUGAUGACGGCACGUGUUUCCUUGCAGUUAACCAUGAUUGACAGAGGAAGAACAAUGAUUCCAAGCACCACCCUCCUUUUGAAGUUUCCAGUCUGUUUCGAACUCCGAGUGAUCUCCAGCCUUGUCCUCGUCAACCUGUGUUUACGAGAGAAUCACUGACAUGAUGUCAGCUGGUCCUUUUGUGGCAGGGCAGAAAUGCAGUGGAAAUGUUUUUUGGGGAUUCUGUUAAUUUGCAUGGAAAAGAGGGACUUUGCAAUUAAUUUUAAUUCAUCUGAUCACUCUUCAUAACAUUCUGGAGUAUAUGCAAAUUGUCCAUCAUACAAACUGAGGCAGCAGACUUUGUGAAAAUUAAUAUUUGUGCCAUGACUGUACACAUUUCACCUCACAUGACCAUUGCCGACAUGACGCAUGGUGGGGUACAAAAAAAACAUUUUGUAUAUCUCCAAUAAUUAAAUAACAAUGAGAUGGGUGCAUGUAAUUGUUCCAUAAAAUAUAUACAAAAUAACCAAGUGGGUAACCUGGAAGGCAAAACAAAUCAAAGUAAAGUAACAUUCACGUAAGAAGUGGUCUGAUAUCAAACCUCUAGGAGAGACAGUACACAAACGGUGAAUCAAUACAAUUCCCUUCUCAAUAAUAGUUAUCGGCAUCUCCUCCCAUCCUAAGAGUCUUAACACGUUCAAUGCCAAUGUAUCUCAGAGUUAAUGUUGUGACGAGCCUCCAUGAAAUGCGCAGCAACAGGGUUUCUCUGGUCAAGGGUUCUGAUAUUACUCCUGUGUUCUGCCAUCCUUGUUUUCAGAGGUCAUUUUGUUUUUUUCUACAUAGCAUAGACCACAAAUACAUUUGAUCGGGUAUAUCACAUUUUUUGAGGAACAUGUAAUGAUGAUAAUCUUAAUGGCCUUGGUCGUAAAAGGGUGAUUGAACAUUGUGCAUUUGUGGUUUAGUAAGGUACUCGGUCACCACUUCUUUGCUCCAGACCAGUGCAAGGGGGAGUUAGAGCACUGAUUGUGCUUUUGGGUCCUACUGUGUCUCUAACUGAAAAUGAAUGGGUGACAUAAACCUAAAUAGAAACUGAUAAUUGUGCACGACUUCAGUAUUACUUACGAAAACUGUUGUUACACUAAGGUUAUAAUUUUAUUUUGUUAGAAUUAUUUUGUUCUUACUGUAGGCCUCUCCCGACCAAUCACAUUGUACAGCGCCUAAGUAGUGCAACGGUAUAAGACGCUGCAUAGCUGUGUCGCUACAGAUGCUGGUUCAAUACAUGUGCUGGCCUCGACUGGGAGACCCAUGAAAUGACUGAAGGUUUUUGGUUUCUCUCCCUCUAAAAACAUAAAUAAAUCAUUCUAAAUAACAAA